AUGAUGCUACAUUCCAAAUGCAACGCCUCCAAAUGCAACGGCUCCAAAUGCAACCGCCCCAAAUGCAACGGCCCCACAUGCAAUGGCUCCAAAUGCAACAGCCCCAAAUGCAACGGCCCCAAAUGCAACGGCUCCAAAUGCAACGGCCCCAAAUGCAACGGCUCCAAAUGCAACGGCUCCAAAUGCAACUGUUCCAAAUGCAAUGGCCCCACAUGCAGCAACCCCAAAUGCAACAGCUCUAAAUGCAACGGCCCCAAAUGCAACGGCUCCACAUGCAACGGCUCCAAAUGCAACGGCUCCAAAUGCAACUGCCCCACAUGCAAUGGCCCCAAAUGCAACGGCCCCAAAUGCAACGGCCCCAAAUGCAACAGCUCCGAAUGCAACGGCCCCAAAUGCAAUGGCCCCAAAUGCAACGGUUCCAAAUGCAACGGCCCCACAUGCAACUGCUCCAAAUGCAACGGCCCCAAAUGCAACGGCUCCAAAUGCAACGGUCUCAAAUGCAACGGCCCCAACUGCAACAGCUCCAAAUGCAACGGCCCCACAUGCAAUGGCUUCAAAUGCAAUGGCCCCAAAUGUAACGGCUCAAAAUGCAACGUCCCCAAAUGCAACGGCUCCAAAUGCAACUGCCCCACAUGCAAUGGCCCCAAAUGCAACGGCCCCAAAUGCAACGGCUCCAAAUGCAACGGCCCCAAAUGCAACGGCCCCAAAUGCAACGGCCCCAAAUGCAACGGCUCCAAAUGCAACGGCUCCAAAUGCAACAGCUCCAAAUGCAGUUCCCCCAAAUGCAAUGGCCUCAAAUGCAACAGAUCCAAAUGGGACAUCUUCAAAUGUACCAGCCUCUGCCAAUAG